AAUACCCAAAGAAAUAUUUAAUAAAAAGAAGAGAAGAAAAAUCAGCAAGUAUAAGUUCAUCAAUAGAAGAAACAAAACCAGAAGCCAGAUUCAAAUAUCGUAAUUUUGGUACUCAGACAAAUAACAAACCUAUUACGGAAGAUAAUGAAAACGAUAUUAUUGAUAACAACUCUAAAUCAGACUCUCUUUAUCCAUCAUUUUCUUCAAACACUAGUUAUUACUCUCUCCCAGAACUUCAUGGAAAACCACAGUUUUCUUUCCACAAUGAAUCAACAAAUUCUUCUGGCCUCAGCGAAGACAAAACAGAAUAUGAAAAUUUGUUAAAAAGAUAUAAAAAACUUAUAACAUAUAAAAGCAAUUUAGAUAGAAAUACAGGAAUAGUGCAAGAAGAUAUGAAAAAAGAACUAUUCGUAGAUGAUUCUGACAAGGAAAAACAAACAUCUAACUUUGUUGAUGUUAAAAAUGAGAAAACUGAUCUUCUAAAUGAUCAGAAUAAUCAAGAAAUAGAAUUUAGUCUUCUAAGUAAUCUUAGUACUUCAAAUGAAAAUUCAGUCCUUAAACAAUUAAUGUAUUAUGAAGUUAUUGAAAACAAUAAUGUGGAAAAGAAUGAAAUUCAAACAGAAGAUGAAAAAAAAUUGAAGAAUUUGAUUGAACAAGUAGAUGAAAAAUCAAAACAAAUAAAAGCAGAUUUUCCAGGUGAUAAAAAAUUGAUUUCAAAUAAUUAUAUGCAAAUUGCUGAGAAAAUUACAGCUGAAAUGUCUGAAAUCGUCUUGCUUAAUAGAAAAGAGAAUCAUUUCAAGGAGAAUAAUAUAAACAAGUUGGAAUUAUUGGUUUACGAAAAUGAAGAUGCUUCUAAAAAGUCUGAAAACAUUUCUGCAUCAAAAAAUAAGUUUAAAAAAAUAUCUUACUCAUCAAAGAUGGGCUCUUCCACUGAUUUGAAAAAUGGAGAAACUGCUAAGCAAAAGUUAUUUGUUCAUAUGAAUUCUUGCCCACAUAAAGAUGAAUAUGCGUUAUCUACUGAAAAUUAUGACAAGAAAUCAAAACAAGGAGGAAUGUCAAAUUCUUCAAAUUUUUUCAAGAAUAAGUCUAUAGUACAGAAAUUAACUAAAUCAGUGGAUUCCAUGGAAAUUUUAAAAUCAAAUAAUAAUGAAAUUAAAGCAAGCAUAGAAAAUUAUACUCUUAGAAAAAAUUUUCUAUGUGAAAAAUUUCUAAAUAAGAUAAUUUAUAGAAAACUGAAGAAGAAUAAUUAUAAUGAAAGCAUAACUAAUAUCAAAACCAGAAGUAGAUUAGAAAAAAACAAUACAAAUUCAAAGUUUGAAUUAAUUUCACAAAAAUCAUCUAAAGAAAUUGGUGUUGCUAAUUCAAAAAUUACCAGUAUGGAUAAUUACACCAAAAUUUUUGCUAAGAAAAUUAAUGGAAAUGUCAUUUAUCCUGAUGGAAUUGAACAACUUUUUAAUUGUGAAAAUAAUAUUAAAGCAAGAGGAAGAAAAAUGUAUAAUAAACAUCUUCACUUAGAUGGAACUGAAAAGAUUACUAUGAUUAUCACUCAUUCAAAUAAAAUUGAGCAGAAUAAUAUCAUAAUUAUACAUCCUGAUGUUAACUAUUUUAUUAAUGGUAAGAAUAUUCUUCCUGAUGUAAUGAUUCAAGCAGUAGGUAUGCUACAUCAUGCAAGUGAACAUAGUUUUCUAAAAGUAACAAAUAUUAAAAAUAAAGAAAAUAUACAGAAUUUUAAGAUACUAAUAUUGAAUAUAUCAAAAAGAAGAUUUUUAGGUAAUAAAAAUAUUAUUAUUAUUAAUCAGUCUCAUCAAAAUAUAAAUAUGGGACUUGUUGAAAUUGAACCAUUAUUAAACCAUAGAAAACAACAAAUCUGUAUAUAUAAAUCUGGAAGACUACAUAACAUACUAAUAAAACAAGAAUUCAAAAUAAUUCAAAAUACAUAUAUACAAAACUUUAAAAUUAAUUAUUUGUUUAUUAUUGAAACAUUAAUUGAAAUCCAUAAGAGCUUACAAAUAUAUUAUAAAAUGCAAUCAUUUCAAAUUAAUAUUCCAAUUUCUUCUUUUGAAAAGCAGCAAUUGGAAUCAUUAAAUUUUAUACAAAAAGAUUUAUUAGUUCAGAACAUACAGUUUCAUCAAGAAUUAUGUUUAUUUAACCAAUUACAUAAAAUCAAAAUCCCUGAUUCAAACACAAUAUUAGUUAUACAUAGAUUUCAAAAUAAUGCACAAUUUUAUAAAACAGUUUUUGUAAAAACAUUAAUUGAAAUUCAAAAUUCAGUUAAAUUGAACUAUUCGAUAAUUUUCAGUUCUCUAAAUACAAAAUUAACAGAAUCAAAAAAAUAUUUAAAUUUUUUAACAAUAAAUCCAUUGAUUUUCUGUCCACCAUUGAGAAUUAGAGGAGGAGCAGAUACACAAGAUUUAUCUGAUUCAUCACAUCAAAUAUCAACAACAUCUGCAUCACAUCAAAUAUCAACAUCAUUGUCUACAUCACAAAAUCAAAAUCUCUCAUCAGUUACUACUAACAGUUCUAUGAAACCUUUACAAUUAAUUAAUACACCUAUAAAUCCUGUGUCAACCGCUAAAUCAUGUUUUAUUCCUGAAAUUCCAAAUUAUUCAAUAUCUAAUGCUUUUCCAUUAGAUAUGUCACAAGUUUCCUAUAUGAAUCAAUUACCAAAUUCACCUUUUGUAACUCCUAUAUUACAUCUAGCACUUUCAGUUGGUAAUACUUAUCCUGUUUUGCAACAACCAAACACAUCAUCUGUUCAUCCAGAAGCUACUAUUGUUGUGGAAGAGACACCUAAAAAUGGUAAUUUAUCAAUGUCUGCACUCAAAGAUACAACAAAGCCUUUAAUUGAAUCUUUUGAUAAUUCAUCUUCAUUACAAAAACCAAAUUCUGUGAUGACAGGUAGUCUAGCUCUAGAUAAAAAUCUUGGCGAUUCUCCUGUAAUUAGAUCUGAGUCUCUAGCCAUUAAAGACACUUCUAUAACACAGCAUUCUCAUGUAGAAUCCUCAGUUCCAUCUAGAGUAAACAAAACUUAUCCAACAGUAGAAAAACAAAAAUUUGAUACAAUUCAACAUAAAGCAAUUCCAUCUGGAUCUAUGAUUACAAAUAGUAAUGAUACAAGUACAAACAUAAAUUUAUCUACAGGUAUAGAUUUGUACAAACAACAGAAUAAUGCAGAAUCUCCUCAACAAAUUAACAAGACUUCAUCUACAUCAGGAAGAACAUUUGCAGCAUUAAUAGAAUAUCAGGAUGAUGUAGGCUCAAAUUCUGCAAAUCUGUCAUCAGAUAUUAAUAAAAUGCAUUUUCCCAAAGAAAAUCUUCAAUUAGAUAAAACUCUCUCUAAAGAUAUGGAAUUUGAGUUUUAUAAAAUAGCAGAUAAAGAAAACUACAUUUCUUCAGCUUUAAAAACUUCAGAUCAUUCUAAACAAUCUGCAUAUGAAUUCUCAAGAUUAUGUUCCUCAAAAGUUAAAAAAGAAUGUUCACCUCUGUCUGUAGGAGAAAUAAAUCAAAGUAAACAAAAUCUUUUUAAAAUUACUGGUGAACAUAUCCAUCAAGUUUCAAAAGAAUAUCCAUAUUUAGCUACAAAAGAUGUAAAUGAAACUGAACAAAUUUCUGAUAAAGUUUAUGGAUUUUAUAAUCAGCAUAUUCCAAAUGAUCAUCUUGCUUUUGUUUGCAAAGAUUUAAGCCAACCUAAACAAAUUGAAACUUCUGAAACUUCUAAAUUAGAUAUUUCAGAACAUUCUCUUUUAUCAUCUCAAGAUUCUGGAAAAAUCCAGCAUAAAUCUUAUAGAUUUGACACUUUGCAUUCAGAAAAACAUUUGCCUCUUGCAAGUAGAAAUUCUCCUGAAAAAGCUGAAUUCACUCCUUCAAAAGUGCAAUCUUCACAUGAUGAGAAAGAUUAUUCCUCUUUAACUGCCAAAAAAACACCUAAAUGUAUGCAUCAUAAACUUUCUAGAAUGCAAGUUCCACAAGAAAGUAGUAGUUCGUCUUUUUCCCCAAGAAAAUAUUCUUUACCUCAACAAGAAUCUACCAAAUACUCCAAAAUACCCCAGCAAAUACCCCAAAAUACAAAGCAACAAAUCUUUUUGUCUCAAGAAAAUUAUCCAGCACAAAUUAAUCAUAAUUUUUCCAGAAUUCAGAGAUCUGAUAUUACAAGAGGAUGCUUAUCAACAAUUCCAAAUGUUUUGCCAGAUCAAGAUCAACAAAAUACUUAUACUGUACAUAAUUCCCAUGAUAGGACACACCAUAAAUUCACUAAUGCAUCACAAAAUAAUGCUACUUCUACUGGUUAUCCUCAGAAUUCCACAAAAAACUUGUCUUAUUUAACUUCUGAUAAAUUAGAUCAAAAUAUUCAUACUUCGUCACAAACUAGCACCUCAUCACAAAUAUCAACUCCAAGAAUUAUUUAUACUGAAUGUUCUAAUCCUUCUUAUAUAAUUUCAUCCACUGAAUCAAAUUGUAUAGAAUUGUCUAAUUAUUCAAAUAUAGUUUUAAAAUUACCUCUCUGUAUUUUUGGACUGAAAAACACUACUGAAGAUGCUCUAUCUCCAUCAGCUGACAUGGCAAAAUCAGAGACUGGUAAUCUUGAAGAACCUGAAUGCAGAUCACGUACAAGUAGGAUUUCAUAUAAUUCUAGAAAAUUGUCAAAAAACGUAGAUAUUAAUAAUGUCAUCCAACCACCAGAGGAAUUUGCAGAUUUACCUCAGUCAACAGGUAUAUAUGAACCACAUACUAGAUUAGAUAAAACAGAAGAAAUGGUUCCUAUUUAUAUCUCACAACCAGAUGAAUUGCCUAAAAUUCUUCCUGAAUCAAUAAUUGAAACAGAUGAAAGGUGUCCCUCAAAUGAGCAACAACUAGAUGUUAAUGAACAGAUAAAAACUAAAUCUGAAGAAACUAUUACAAUAAAACAAAUACACACAUCUGGAUCUAAACAAGUUAGAUUUUCUGAAGACAAGAUCAUGCAGGAACCAGAUUCAGAUUUUUCCACUGAUAUAGCUUAUAGCCUUGAUGAAAAUUUAGCUAUUUUUGAACGCAAUAUGAGAUUUUUAUUUAAUGAAUUGAUAGAUGAUAAAUCAAAUAUAAAUAUUCAAAAAACUUACUCUAAAAUUUUACAAAUGUUAAAAGAGAAAGAGGGAAGAAAAAUUUUAAAUUCUAUUCAUGAUAUAAAUACUUUUAAACAUAUCAUACAACAAGAAAUUUCUAAGGAUUUUGCACAAUCUCAAAAAACUUCUGUUGAUGACCUUUUUAUUUCUGAGGAUAUUGAAGUGGCAAAAGAUGUAUUUUAUCCUGGAAUUGAGGAAGUUAUAGUAACAGACACAAUUGUGGAUAGACCAAGUCAAAAACAUGAAAUCAGCAUUUCUAAAGAGGAAAUAAAAGAUUCUGAUACUAUUGUUAGUCAAAUAGACAAAGUUUCUACAGAACAAAUCAAAAUUGCUGAUUCAAUAAUUGAUAAACCAGAAUACAAAAUUAGAACUUCUUCAGAUAUAGAAAAGGUUUCAGAUACUGCUGUCAGUCAAAAAUACCAAAUUCCUGAAGAAGAAAUCAAAGUAAUAGACUCAGUUGUUGAUAAAGUUAAACAGGAAAAAAUUGAAACUUUCCAAGAUAUUGAAAAAUAUCCUGCUUCUUCUAUUAAUCAAAUACAGCAAAUUCCUUCAGAAAAAAUCAUAGAAGUAGAUAAAAUUGUUGAUAAAUCCAUUGAUAAAUCUCAAAAUUUCAGAAAAAUAAAGAGCUAUUCUGACACUGCUAUUAGUCAAAUAAAUCAUGUUUCUGAAAUGAAGAAAAAAAUAGAGGAUAUAACUACUGAUAAACAAAGAAAACAGGAGAUACAAAUGUUAGAUUUUGAUUCUUUAAGUACAGAUAAAAUAAUUUCUGAUACUAAUGUUAAUCAGGUAUAUCAGAUUCCUGAUGAAAAGAUUACUGAGAUAGAUAUAAUAAUUGAUAAGCAAAUAAAACAUCCAGAUAUUGAUAUGUCUGAAAUCAAAGAUGAGCUAAAAUUCAGAAGUUAUGAUAAAGAUAAGAUUUCCUAUUCAACUGUUAGUCAAAUUCCAGCUUAUCAAAGUAAAGAUGGAAUAAAACAAGAUUCAAAAGUCACUGAUACUGAAGAAAUGCAUAUAUCUGUCACAGAAUCAAUAAAAGAAAGCAUUCAAAUUGAUUCAAGCCUUCAACAGGAAUUGAUUAAGAAAGAAAAUAUUUUGUUUCCAAAACAACCUGAGAUUAAUCAAUUUGAAAAAAUUGAAACUAAAAUAUCAUCAAAACACUCUUCUGACAGCCAUCAACAAUUAGAUAUACCCUCAACUAGCAAAACGACAUUUUCAAGCCAUUCACAUGAUAGUUUAGAACCGUCUCUUGGACUUAAUUUUUCACAUUAUUAUGUAAGAGAAAGCAAAAACCCUUUUCAGUUAAGAGAAAGUGAUAUAGUUUAUGGAAGAUACAGAAAUAUUGAUGUUGGUUCUUUUCCUCCUCCUUCUCCUAAAAUAUCUCAACCAGCAGUAAAUAUAAAUAAAAUACAGUUUUACACCAGAAAAAGUUUAAAUCCAUUUGAAGAUAUGAAAUUCAAAGAUCAGCAAGAUAUUGAUCUUGGCAAUUUUCCUAAAUCUAAAAAUGCUGCAUCAUUUUUGUCUAGAGAUAAUGAUUUUACUUCUGAAGUUGGAAAAGAAAAAAUUGACCUUGGCAUAAUUUCCAAAACACAGUUUACUAGUGAUGCAGUUUGUCAAUUAAAAUCAAAAAUAGACUCUUUUCCUGUGAAUGAAAAAAAAGAAACUGAUUAUAGAGUUUUUCAAAAAAAUCAAGUUACUGAAAAAGAAUCAAUAUACAAUUCUUCUGGAAAAUAUAAACAAGAAAGAGACAGAUUCACUGAAGAAGGAAAUAAAUUAGUCAAAGACUCUAACAUUCCAAUUGUGAUAGGAACAAAAAAUGAAAUCACUGAUAGUAGAGAAAUUAAAUUUUCAAGUGAAAGAACAAAAGAUUUCAAAGCAUGUAUUAGAAAUAUUUUAAUUCAAAAUGCAAGAAAUUCAUUUGCUGAUGAAAAUAAAUCACAAUUAAUCUUGAAUGAAAGAGAGUUAAAUAUAUUAACAAUUAUGCUUACACAAACAAUAAUCAUGAGAUCUGAUACAUUAGAAAAUAGUGAAGACAUUCAGACUUUCUUGAAUAGUUUUACAAAUGUUUAUGUUUUGGUUAAAAAGUUUUUAACUGUAACUUUAAAUCUUCCUAAUGCAUUGGAUGAAGAUUUAUCAUUAGAAGAAUCACAGUUAAAAAUACUUAUAACUUUAUUUGCAAAAUUCAUAACUGAUCAACAAGACGAACAUUUAGAAGAAAAACAAUUUAUUGAUUCUUUUGCUCAAAGUUCUUCUGUUUAUCAAUCUGAUUCAGUUUCUUCUAUUUCAAAAAGUGAAUUAAUGUCUUCAAAACAAAAUGUUAGAAAACUGUUAUCCAUUGCUCGAAAGGUAAUUCAACAUAAUCCUAAAUAUGGACAAAUUAUUUAUAAUAAGGGAGAAACUUAUAAAAAUCAGAUAACAAAAAACUUUGAAAAACAGGAAAGAAUUUCAGAUGAAGCUCUGUUACCAUCUCUAGAGAAUGAGAGACUUUUUUGUAGAUUUGCUGAUUUUCUUCAACAAUUAUUUGAAGCAAGUGAUAGAAAAGAUUAUCUAGAUUCAACUGAUAAAACUAUGACUGAUUUAUUUAUGGAUGUUGUAAGAAUAUUUAUAAAAGAAUUGAAAGAAAAAAGAUUAAAAAUUUCAAAACAUUCUGUUUCAGAAACAGACAUAUCAAAAAUUACUAGUGUACCUGUACAUGAUAUUCAUUCUGAAAGUUUUGAUUCUCAUUGUGGAAAAUCAUUUAGAGGCUACUUAAAUGAGCAAUUUUUAAAAUCUGGGACAAGUGACAUUUAUCAAAGGGAUCAGAAAUUGUAUUUCACCAAAAAAAGAGAAAAAUUAUUAGGAAUUGAAGAUGAAAAUGAAACAUUAGUUUCAUGUAAGAGCAGACAUUUACAAGAACAACCUAAGCAAAACAAAUUGAAAAAGGAAAUUUCUCCCCUAAAUCAAGAUGAAAUGUCAUCAUUUAUUCAUUCCAACAUUAGUCAUAUUUCAAGUGAGCUGAAAGACACAGUAAAUACAAAUGAUGAUAGUUCAAUGAUUAUGAGAUAUUUAUAUGAACAAUUUUUAAAAUCAGAAAGGGGGAAAAAUUAUCAGAAAAAUAAAGAAAAAUAUUUUUCUGGUGAAUUAGCACAAAUUGAAGCUGGGAAAAAAAUUUUGGAUUCAAUUAAUGAUACUUCCUUAAAUGAAAAGCCAAAUCAAAAAAUGAGCAAAACAGAAUGCCCUUCUACAUCUGUAGAAGGGCAACUGAUUGACAAAUCAACUUUGAAAAUAGAAAUGCCAACAGUUAUUAAUCCUGAAUUUGUUGAUAUUGAAAGUUGUCCAAAAGAUAAUCAUGAUAGUUUGGUCAUUAUUGAACAUGUAAAUGAGCAACUUACAACAUCAAAGAAAGAUGAAAGUUAUCGAGGGUAUCAAAGGUUGCAUUUUUCUGAAAAUAAAUCAUCAAAAAUUUCUGAUAUGAAAAAUCUUGCAAAUUCAGACAGACAAGAAGACAAACAAAUGAUUCAGAAAUUAAGUUCUGAAGAAGGACAGGAAAUGAACAAUUCAACAUUGAAAAUGGAAAGAUCUUCAGUUAAUGACUUUAGUGACAUUCAAUUUGAAAAUCAUUUAAAAGACAGUCUUGAUAUCCAACAUGAAGAUUCAAUUAUAACAGGACACAUAAGUGGAAAAAUUAUAAAAUCAAAAACAGGGGAAAUAAGUCAAGAACUUAAUCAAAAAAAUAAAAGGUUGCAUUUUUCUGAAAAUGAACCUUCAAUACUUGUUGAUGAGCAAAAACAUUUAGGUUCAAUAAAUUUUGGAUAUUUAAAUAGUCAACCAAUUCAAAGAAAAAUCAAAAAAGAAAGACCUUCAGCAAAUCAUUAUAAAAUUGAUAAUUCUGGUUUGGAAAAACAAACUUUAAUUCCUGAAACUGAUAGUAUUCAAUUUGAGAGUCAAUUAAAAGACAGCCUGGAUGUUCAUCAUGAUUCUAUUAUAGCUGGUCAUAUAAAUGAUAAGUUUAUAAAACCAAAGAAUACAGAAAUUCAUCAGAAAAGUCAAAGAUUACAUUUUUCUGAUGAUGAACCAUCAAGGAUUAGUAAUUGCCAAAAAUUUCUAGAUUCAUUUAAUUUUGGACAGAAAAGAAUAAUUAGAAAAGAGAGUUCACCUAAAGAAUCAAAAGUUUUCUCUGAAAAUGAAUCAAUUUUUGCUGGAUUGGAUUCACCAAAACAACAGAAACAAAAUUUUGCAAAACAAGAUUCUACUGUAAACAUGGCAGGAAAGAUGAUUGAUAGUCCAGCUACUGAUGUAAAGAUCUCAACAUUUAAAGAUCCUGAAGUUCUUAUAUCUGAAACUUGUUUAAAUGACAGUCUUGAUAUAUACCAAAAAAAUUAUGGACUUCAAUUUCCAGAAAGUGAUUCACUAGUUUAUGCUGAUUCAGUUUCAUAUAAUUUACAACAGAAUACAAUUGUGGAUAAAAAUAUUCAUAUUACAAAAAGUGAGGCUAUAAAAUGUAAAACAGAGUUAAAAUAUCCAAAUAGAUUUACAUUUCUUAGGAGUAGUGUAACUGAAAAACAUAAAUUGAAUCAAAUAAAUCAAAGUGGAAAAGUUGAUAAUCAAAAGUUUUCUGAAACAGAAAGAAAAAAUAGAGCAGAAAAUAUAUUAGAUAAUUGUGAUAUAAAUGACAAGAAAGUUAUUAUAUUGGCGGAUAAAUCAGGAAAUAAAGAUAAAACUAGUUUAAAUCAAACAGACUUAGAAGUACCAAUUACAGCUUCUAGAUGUAAUAAACAAUAUGUGAUAUCAGGUUCUAUUUCUACAUCAAACAAACCAAAGAUGCAAAAACUUUCUGCAAGUGUUUCUUUUGCCACAUUUAAACAUCAAAAUUCUAAAUCUAAAAGUAUGAUGGAGAAAAAUAAGGAUAAAACAGAAAAAUAAUUAGUUUAUAACUAGUUUAAAAAUUAAUUUAUUAAAGAAACAAAAUUUUUAAAUUACAAAAUGUUAAUGAAUAUUCUGUUUUAAAUCAAAAAA